CACAAAACGAAGGGGGGCAGAAGGAGAGAGAAUCGAUAAAUCCGGAUGGUACCAAAGGGAACCGGAAGGAAAUCUCCACAGGAGAAAGUUCGGGGAAAGCCAGGGGAAGCAGGCAAGGGACUCAGGGGACCAAGGAAGGCAGAAAUAAGGAUAGGACAAGCCCCUGAAACUCGGAAGGAGCCAUGCCUAAGAAAGUAAAGGUCACGGAUAUGAGGCGCAAACUAGCCGAGAUAGAAAAGAAGACCGCGGAAUACAAGGAAAGAUUGAUUGAGGAAAUGAUGACUGGGCACGAAGAAGGUCCUCUGCAGGAGGAACCCCAGAACGAACGGAAAGCCAGCCAAGGUGGAACUGGACAAGGGGAUAAAGGAUGUACGGUAAACAAGGAAGGAACAGGGAGCAUCCGGGGAGCUAGCGGGGAAAUCCCGUUCGCUGGGUACGUCACGAAGUGUGUUGUGAAGGCAGGGGUUAGGGAAUCAAUCUGGUCGUUUCAGCGGAUGAGAGUAAUGGAGGAAAUGAACCACGAUAUAAUCCUCGGGAGACCGUGGUGCACGAACGUGGAGAUGAUAGGCAUGCACUUGCACGAUGGCUCGUACAUGGUAGACAUAGAGGACCAUGUGACCGGCCGGGGAGAGCUCCUCCGACUCCUUGGAACGGGAGGAGAACCCCCGAAGGGGAAAUUGGCAAUAUGGUCCCCGUCGUUCGAGGAUAGCACAAGAAAAGGGGCUUUCGCAUGGAUGGAGGGUAUGAGAGAAAGGGUAGAAAUCAUGAUUGAGGAAGCAUUCAACAAGAAGGAGUGGAUCAAGAUGGGCCUGCCCCAGAAGAAGAGGAGGCAGGAGGACGAAGUCCUAGGUGUUAUGGUAGCGGAAAAGGAGUCAGAGGUCGAACUUGGUGCUAGCCUGCCCAAACGGAAAGAAGUACGCAUAGACGUGCCAGAAAUUGCACUCGAGAUCCCCGAUCUAUUACAACUCAUCAAGGCCCUCAGAUAUCACAAGGUAGGAGUGAAUUUGGCAGCUUUGGCCAAGUUCGAAAGAGAGGUGCAAAAGGGAUAUUGCCUGAAUGGAAAACUAGUUAGUAUGCAACCACGAGUCGUAGAGGCGACGGGGGCGAUUCCGAACUGUUCAUUUUUUAGGAGAAAGAUCCCGGAAGGAAGUAUUCGAAAGUACAAGUCGGUAGGGAAGAAAGCAAAACCGGUCUCGAUCCUUCUAGAAGCAUCAAAGGAAGAGGCUAUUGAGAAGGAGGAAGAGGUUCAUCGAGUAAUCCGAGAAAGAAGGACGACGGAGGGACACCGGAUACCAGACAAUGAAGAUAGGGAUAGACGGGAAGCCGGAUCCGACAAAGACCGACAAGAUAUCACAGUAGUCGACACCACUGCGCACGACGACGGAGAACGGCGAUACUCGCAAUUCAAGAAGGAAGUCCUAGCCAUCCUGCAUUGCCUUAAGACCUUUCACGCCUACCUAUUUGGGAGGCGGUUCAUCUUAAGGAUCGAUCCGACGAAUGUCGCAGAGGCUCUAAAGAAUUACAGGCCUAUAGAUCCGACGGUAGGGAGAUGGGUAGGAUUCAUCUGGCAGUUCGAUUACAAGAUCGAACGGAUUGCUGGAAUCCGCAACAAGGCAGAUGGGCUGAGUCGGGUUUGCAUCACUCCCGAAGGGAUGGAGGAUGCAGAGCCCAUAGACGCAUUCCUCGAAUACGAAGGAGGGACUCUGGCGGUGGAUAACGAAAUGAUAAGCGAGGGAUGCACAUCGGGAUAACUAUUGAUCCAUGCUUUGGAGAAGGGGCCACCCGCCGUAGUAGCAGAACUUAGAGAAGGACCAGUUACCACUCGAGAGCGCAGAGAAGAAAAGGACUCAUUGGGAGCGAUAGUAUGAUCAAAAGAGGAACUAAUAACAAUGGCGGUCGAGGGAGCCCGGAAAACAGUGAUGAGCUUAGUGGAAUCUUGGGAAAGGAAAGAGUUGCAAAGGGUGGUAAACCAGAUGCAGCGAGAAAAGGAUGGGGGCAAGGAAGGAGAGGAGUUUUUCUAUGUUCAAUCAUACGAAGGGUCUUUCAGGAGGUCGGGCUGUUAUUGGUAGGGAACAAACAACCUACGGAAGU